AUGGCAGGGGUGCAGCAUGAACCACGAGUCACCGGGGGAAGCAACCGUGUUGCAGCACUUAAUAUAAGUGGAACUACUCCUAGUCCUAAUAAUGCAGACUAUGAUCAGAAAGACAUUAACCAUGAUGAUCAGAAACCAGGAUGGAAAAGUUUUCUAUCAUUUGUUGGCCCUGGUUUCCUAGUUUCAUUAGCGUAUCUCGAUCCUGGAAACAUGGAAACUGAUUUACAAGCUGGAGCAAACCACAAAUAUGAGCUACUUUGGAUCAUAUUAAUCGGGUUAAUUUUUGCACUUGUGAUUCAAUCUCUUGCUGCAAAUCUUGGAGUCAGCACUGGGAAGCAUUUAUCAGAGUUGUGCAAGGCUGAAUACCCGGUUUUUGUUAAGUAUUGUCUAUGGCUGCUAGCUGAGAUUGCAGUCAUUGCUGCAGAUAUUCCUGAAGUGAUUGGAACGGCUUUUGCACUAAACAUCUUAUUCAAGAUUCCGGUUUGGGUAGGAGUUCUUCUCACUGGUUUUAGCACUCUUCUGCUUCUUGGCCUCCAAAAAUAUGGAGUGAGAAAGCUUGAAAUAUUGAUAGCCAUUCUAGUUUUUGUGAUGGCUGGUUGUUUCUUUGGAGAGAUGAGUUAUGUCAAGCCACCGGCUGGUGAAAUGUUUAAAGGAAUGUUUGUUCCUAAACUUAGUGGCCAAGGCGCCACUGGUGAUGCCAUUGCUCUGCUUGGUGCCCUUGUCAUGCCGCACAAUCUUUUUCUCCAUUCGGCUCUUGUUCUUUCUCGGAAGAUACCAAAUUCAGUUCGUGGCAUCAAUGAUGCCUGCAGGUACUUUCUGAUAGAGAGCGGAAUUGCUCUCUUUGUAGCAUUCUUGAUCAACGUCUCCAUGAUUGCUGUUUCUGGCACAGUUUGUGCAGCCGAAAACCUGCAGAGUGGCGAUGCUGAUCGUUGCAGUGAUAUUACCCUAAACUCAGCUUCAUUUCUUCUUAGAAAUGUUUUGGGGAAGUCGAGCUCUACUCUUUAUGCAAUUGCACUGCUAGCUUCUGGCCAGAGCUCAACAAUCACGGGGACUUAUGCUGGUCAAUUUAUCAUGCAGGGUUUCAUAGAUUUAAAGAUGAGGAAGUGGCUCAGGAACCUGAUAACAAGGUGCAUUGCCAUUACCCCAAGUCUAAUAGUAUCAAUAAUUGGCGGUCCUUCUGGAGCCGGAAGACUUAUUAUCAUAGCAUCGAUGAUACUGUCCUUUGAGCUUCCAUUUGCACUAAUUCCACUUCUCAAGUUCAGUAGUUCAGCUACCAAAAUGGGUCCUCACAAAAACUCGAUUAUUAUCAUUGUCUUUUCAUGGGUACUAGGACUUAUGAUAAUCGGUAUCAACAUAUACUACUUGAGUACAGCAUUUGUCGGCUGGCUAAUCCAUAGCAGUUGGCCAAAAGUUGCUAAUGUCUUCAUUGGAAUUAUAGUGUUUCCUGUCAUGGCUAUCUACAUUAUAUCUGUGAUCUACCUUGUGUUUCGUAAAGACAGAGUUAUAACAUUCAUUGAGCCGGCAAAAGGUGACCCUAGUGCUCAAAUUAGCAUGGAAAAUGGACAAUAUAGUGCUGAUAGAAAUCCGGGUUUGAUGAAUGCUCCUUAUAGAGAGGAUCUUGCUGACAUCCCAUUGCCACAAUACCGUAACUGA